GUGCUUUGGUCUUCAACUCGCGCUUUACUCUUCGUUUCUUUUCUUUUUUCUCGAAUCUUUCUUUCUUUCUUCUUCGAACUCCGUUGCCCAUGUCUGAUACCCCUUGCACAGAAAAUCUCGCGAUGGACCCUCCUCCUGACGAAUUCCGCAACUGGCUGGCUCUGCCCAGGGACGUUACGGCUUCGAUCCUGAUGAGACUGGAUGCAUUCGAGAUUCUGACGAGCGCGCAGAUGGUGUGCUCGCAGUGGCACAACCUCUGCAAAGACCCGUCGAUGUGGCGCGCCGUCCACAUACCCAGCCCCAAAACCCUCCGGGAGUUAUGGAAGUUACCGUACGACCUCGAGGAGAUGUGCCGCCACGCCGUCGAUCGCAGCUGCGGCCAGUUGGUCGAUAUUAACGUCGGGAACUUCGGCACCGACGAGCUCCUCAGGCACAUCGCUGACAGUUCAAGUCAACUCAAACGCAUUCGACUUGUAAGAUGCAAUAACAUUUCAGAUGAGGCAUUGAGUGAAGUGGCUGCAAAACUUCCAUUACUUGAGGAGCUUGACAUUGCAUAUUGUUCAUUGUCAAAAGAAGCUCUGAAAGCUGUGGGCCGGUGUUGCCCUCAUUUGAAAUCACUCAAAUUCAACAAGCGGGGGCGUUAUUAUGAGAUUUAUGAGUACAUGAGUUGCCAGGACGAUCAGUUAAAGCAUGAUGAGGUUGCCCUUGCAAUUGCAGAGAACAUGAGUGAAUUGCGCCACCUCCAGCUUUUCGGAAAUACGCUGACUAACAACGGUGUGCAGGCCAUUCUUGAUGGUUGUCCUCAUCUUGAAUCACUUGACCUGCGCCAAUGUUUCAAUACUAUCUCCCUGACAGAAGAUGUGAGUAGAAGAUGUGCUGAACAGAUUACAGACUUGCGGCUUGUCUUUGAUUCCACUUAUGACUAUGAAUUUGAUGAUUCUUAUGACUUCGUCCCUGACUACAACAGCCUCACAGACUGGUAAGAUGA